AUGCUCCGUCUCAAUCGUUACCCAGCCCCACGUGACCCGCUCGCCACCGCCUCACGUGUCCGCCACGCAUCCACGGCGUUUGCCAACCCGGACCUUUUCCGCACUCGGCCUUUCGUCGGCGGCAAAUGGCGCGAACCGUCCCAGCGCAUAUUUCGCGAAGUUCUUAGCCCCGCGGAUUCUAGAGCCGUCGCGAAAAUCUCUCUAGCCGACGACGGCCUGCUGCACGAGGCACGUGCCGCGGCCCAUACCGCCCACCGCACAUUACGCGCCCACCCUCGCCCGUUUAGGCAACAACUCCUGCUCCGCUUAUCGGAGAUGAUCGACGCCAACGUCCCCGAUUUGUCCCGAUUGGUCACUCUCGAAACAGGCAAACCAUUCCGACUUGCUCUGGACGAGACUCGAUUGGCUUCUUCCAUUUUCAAACACACGGCAUUGUGUAAUUCUGCAGCGGCUCAAAUAGACCCCGCCGUUCCCCCUCAUUCGGCAUUCUCGGUCAGUACCCUGGAAAUCCCAAACGGAGUUUGUGUCUGGAAUGCGCCCUAUCUUUCUCCCUUGGCAUCUCUUGCCCAUUUCUUGGCUCAUUCGCUUGUUCAAGGGAAUGCCUCCAUCAUUGUUCCUUCACCUUUGGCUACUCUUACUGCUUUAUCAUUUGGUAAAUUAUCUCAAUUGACAAACUUGUUACCUGGUCUCAUCAACGUUUUGCCCUUGGAUUCACAGCUCCCAGAUUCGUUGCCACCACCACCAAGCGAGAAACAUUACGUGAUCAUCCAAGACGUACAGGAUACUUCUGUUUUGCUCGAGGAGAUUUCUGCGAAAUUACCUCACAUGCAAUCGUUGCAUUUGAUUAUCAAUGAGAAUUGUUAUCAACAGGUAAAACAAGAUUUGAUCCAAGUGUUCAAUUCGCCCGAGUUCUUGCAGAUAGGCAACCCGUUCGAUGAAUCCAACCAUUUCGGCCCCUUGGCCAACGUUGCCGAUUUGUUAUUUACUAAGCAGUUGAUCAUGGAAAAUGGCCAUUUCAACAUUCUCAACACUCUCCCCGACACUGUUUUCAAAGAGGGCAAUUUUUUCCUCCCCAUGAUCAUCGAUAACAUCUUGCCCGAGAUGGAUAUCUUUACACGACCCAUUGUCUCGCCUAUUGUUACGUUGACGAAAUUCUUGACCCCUGCAGAAGUGACACGUUUGUUCCCUGAUACACCCGCCUCCAACGAGUCACAUACACGCGUCACACUGUUCAGUAACAACUACGAUUUCGUAGAGAAGAUGUCUACUGCGUUGAAUGUGGAUACCAUCACAAUCAACUCGUUCGUCACUCCCUAUAUUUUGCCAGGAGUGCUCCACUACAAAUCUUUGAGUGCCAACCCUUUUUCAAGGCAAAAGUAUAUAAUUAAAAAAUAA